GGACGUUCAUUGAUUAUUAAAGGAAAACAAAUGGAGAUAAAAUUCUACUACCUUCCCACCUGCAUGAAGAAACACUGUUGAUGAAAAGCUUUUAUUAAAGAGAUCCAAAUACCAUAAUGGUAAAAAGAUUCCUACAUGAUCUCAAGGCAUACAGGAACUGCAAAUUCUUUCAUUUGCAAUGUAUAUAGUGUCCUGUAAAAAAAAUAUAUACAAAAUUUACUAUUUGUACUGUUAUAUUUGAGUCAAUUUUAAGUCUAAUUAAUUUGACUUCUAAAGAAUUUUGACUUCCUAUGCAAAAGUGUGCAUCUUUCUCCACGUCAAGCAAAAUGUUUACUAUGAACUUACUUGGAAACAAGCAAAAAUCUCAUUUUUUUGGCAUUACCACCAAACUGUGAGUACUAACACCUUUUCUGCAGAUAUUUUAACCAUGGAAACUUAUUCUGCCUCCCUGUCACCUGUUAUAUGUAACAGCACAACUUUUAGCCUAAAUGGAUCCCAUUUGUGUAAUGAAAGCCUGUCCUCUAGAUUAGCCGAUAAAUCAGAACACCAACAAUACGUUAUUGGUCUUUUCCUAUCGUGUCUUUACACAAUAUUUCUUUUUCCUAUUGGCUUUGUAGGAAACAUUCUGAUACUGGUUGUCAACAUAAGCUUUCGUGAAAAAAUGACUAUUCCAGACCUUUACUUCAUAAAUCUUGCCGUAGCCGACCUGAUCUUAGUUGCCGACUCGCUCAUUGAGGUUUUUAAUCUAGAUGAAAAGUAUUAUGAUAUCACUAUUAUUUGUACCUUUAUGUCGUUGUUCCUUCAGAUCAACAUGUAUAGCAGCAUUUUCUUUCUGACAUGGAUGAGUUUUGACAGAUACAUAGCACUGGCAAAAGUGAUGAGGUCCAAUAUAUUUCGCACAAUGCAACACGCCAGGUUAAGCUGCGGGCUCAUAUGGAUGGCGUCUAUCUCCGCGGCACUCGUGCCAUUCACAGCCGUGCACUUGCAGCACACCGGAGAGGUCUAUUUCUGUUUUGCAGAUGUAAAAGAAAUCCAGUGGCUAGAAAUAACCUUGGGGUUUAUUAUCCCCUUCGUGAUCAUCGGUCUUUGCUACUCGUUAAUUGUUCGAGUUCUCAUAAAAGCACACAAGCACAGGAGUCUUCGUCUGCGGCGACAAAAGGCUCUUCGAAUGAUUUUUGUUGUUGUCCUGGUUUUCUUUAUCUGCUGGCUACCCGAAAAUGUCUUUAUUAGUGUUCAGCUUCUCCAAAAGAAAAGCGAGCCGGUCUCUUCAAGCAGCCCAUCCUUCAGGCACGAUUAUCCUUUAACGGGACACAUUGUGAACCUGGCAGCUUUCUCUAACAGCUGCUUGAACCCCCUAAUUUACAGUUUUCUAGGGGAAACCUUCAGAGACAAACUACGACUGUAUAUCGAACAGAAAACAAAAAUGUCAACAUUGCAUCGCUUUUGUCAGGCUGCCUUAACAUCUGUCGUUCCCGACAGUAACGAGCAAUCAGAAGUUUGAUUUAG